GUCACAGCUAACUUCCUCCUGCAGCAGCAGACUGCGUGAUGAGAGCGCUGGAAAGCACCGGAGAUCAUACCAGCAGCCUGCAGCUCAGUCCAACAGGGAGAGGCAAGAACGGUUAUUUCUUCCUUUCCAGGUGCAUUCGAGACAUGCCUGGAUUAAGCAAACAAACUAUACCGUGCAUUGCUUUUUCAUCUUACAUGGGAAAUACAGAGUGAUACUGUACAGUCUACAGUAAAUUAAACUGCAGUUUCACCAUGACUUCUGUGAACACAUGUGAAGCGGUGAACGGAUCCAGUUUCACCAACAACACUGUGAGGAAAUCAUCUAUAAACCAGCUCUACACGUACUUUUACCUGUUUAUAUUCAUCCCAGGCCUGCUGUGCAACACCCUGGCUCUUUGGGUGCUCUGUCGAUUCGUGAGCAAAAAGACGAAGGCCAUCAUCUUCAUGAUCAACCUGACCGUAGCUGACCUGGCUCACGUGCUGUCUCUGUCACCAAUUCACUACUACCUCAAACAGGACUGGCCUUUCGGUGACGUGCUGUGCAUGCUGUGUUUUUACCUGAAGUACCUGAACAUGUACGCCAGCAUCGCCUUCCUGGUGUGCAUCAGCGUCCAGCGCUGCGCGUUCCUCCUGCGGCCUUUCCAGGCCCGGCACUGGAAGUCUCGUUACGACGUCUGCAUCAGCGGCGCGGUCUGGCUCGUGGUGGGCCUCGCCUGCUCGCCCUUCAUCCUGAUGAGGAGCAGCUCCAGCUCUGCAAACAGAAGCUGCUUCAAAGACCUGCCCAUGCGCAAGCUGGGCAUGAUCUCGGCCGUCUCCAUGAUGGUGGCUGCUGAGCUCUCGGGAUUUCUUGGCCCGUUAAUCAUCAUCGGUUUCUGCACUUACUUGAUCACGAAAUCCUUGCGACAGCGGAACCAGAAGCAGCAGUCCACGAGCAGCACGAGAAAGGCCUUGCGCAUGGUCAGGGUGUGUACAGGGGUCUUCCUCUUCUGUUUCGUCCCUUACCACAUCAACUUCCUGCUGUACCUGAUGGUGACCCAGAACAUUAUCAUGAACUGUGCAGUGAAGCAGGCCGUCCAGCUCUUCCACCCCAUCUCUCUCUGCAUCGCAAGCCUCAACUGCUGCCUCAACCCUCUGAUCUACUACUUUCUUACCACUGAGUUCAAGCUGCAGCUGUCCCAACACAGCAGCUCUGUGCUCCGGGGCCGUCUGAUGAGCACCGAAAGCACGUCUUCCUGUCGGGAGUGAUCAGAGACAGAACCUGAUUUUGGUCCUGGAUUAAUAUCUUUGUUGACCCUGGAACAACAUUUUGAU